GAAGAUUCCAUCAAAGAGCUUCUGGAAAGGCUUCUCGAAUUCCGGAAGAAUUUGCAGGUGCGGAAGCAAAAUGCCGCGAAACUUGACAUUCGAGCAGAGCUCACGCAGGAACUCGCCCAGCUGCAUCCGCAGCUACGCAGCGGCUAUGGACUUGUGCAGAAGAUGCCGUUUGCCGGUCGGCGUCGCGAGUCCGAGGACUCCCAAGCAUCGGGCGGUCCUGCUGUGCCAAACCUGAAGGCUGCAGUGGCUGUGGCGAAGUUCAAGAAGAAGCUAGACCUGAGCAACAACAUCAAGAAUCUGCGUAAAGAGAAGAAGGAUCUGGAAGCUUCUGUGGAAGAUGCCGCCGAAAUGUUGCAAACUGAUCAAGCUCUGUCCGAGAAGUACCAGGAGGACCGGCGCCAGGCAGACACGCUGGUGCAGCACAUGCGGAUGCUUCUGGCCGUGAGGCAACUGAGGGACUCGGCUCGAGUCAGGGUGAUGAAGCUGAAAGGAGAACACGUCCACGGCAAGGUCGACGGAAACAUGCGGAGUAGCAUGGCACUCUUGCUGGGCAUGGGCACCAAGAGCAAUCGAGGGCCAAACGCUGGCCCUGGCCGGGCCGCCGGGGGGUCCUCGAAAGCCUACAAGGGCCGCUUCCGAGAUGCGCCCUUCACCGGCCCAGCCGGGAUGGAGUGGAUUCAUCGCGAGCUCGCCAUGCAAGAGGACAACGACGAGAGUGGCAGUGACUCCGGCGACGAAGACAUCCCAAGAGGGCGACGAGGUGGCGGCAAGAAAGCGAAGGGCAAAAAAGGUGCUUCCAGUGCUGGGGCCGCGGCAUGGACACCCAAAUACCUUCCGAUGGAGGGUCAAUCGCUUCAGUCUUCCAUCAUCCAUACAGCCCGGGUCGUUGCCAAAGAAGUCCGCGACGCAAAGCCUGGAGCCGGCGAUGAGGAGGUCGCGGCGAAACCCGCAGCUGCAAGAUCGAGUGCCGAGCAGCAGCUAAACCGAAUCUUCACGCCCAAGCUGCAAAAGCGCUUGAAGAGUGCAUCAGACAAGACCGCGGCUGCCCUCUUCAAGAGGUCCCUCCUCGAGGCCUCGAGGACGGAGGUGAUCACGGAGAAGCUGCGGGACUCAAAGAGGGAUGAUCUGAACAAGAUCCUUCGCAUGAUCCUCGAGAAGAAUGGGAUCAAAACGAUGCAGCGAAUCGAAUCGCGCGCCCAACAGCAGGUUCGCUGGGAUGGUGAGGUCGAUUACCUGCAUGACAAGUUAGUGCGCGUUAUUGGCGUGGAAAACUAUUGGAGCAGACGUGCUGGGACCUGGCUUGAGCAGAUGAAGAUCGUGUAUGGACAGGAAGUCUACCAGGCUUUCAUGGAGCCGGACCGCUGGACUCAGAAGGACACAUGGUCGAACCGUCUGUUUGCGGCUUUACUGGCUGCUGCAGAGAUCCAAAGAGAGGCCGAGAAGGAGAAGAUGGGUUUGGAGGAAGUGAAAGAUCAUAUCGAAGCUCCGCCGGAGUUGGAGAAGGAUGAGAGCAAGGUUCGGCGGAAGAGCGCUUACAUGGAGCGUCUGCAGCGACCCAGCCAGAUAGCGAGGUGGAAAGAGCGCCUGGAGCAAGUCCGCAGCGACGACACUCCGCAGGUGAACCCCUUCAACGUCGAGGCGGUGCAGCUUCCCGAGCCCGCCCCUGAGCCUCGCCGCGUCCUUCCCGUGAGGCCGCCCCCGGCACGCCCGAGCCGGGCCCCGUCGCCACGAAAGCCUCCUCCUACUCGAGGCAUCAAGGCUGCCGGAGAUGUGCUUCAACUCCCGGAGGACCCGGCCAGCUUCCUUGGCCCGGUCGCUCCGAGCACCAGCCCAGCUGAGAAGGGAAUACCUGGCUGGAUGGCAUCCUCCUUCCAGCGGCCGGCAGACAGUGGGCGGCAGCUGGUGCUGACGGACGAGUUGUCUGCCGUGCGGGAAAACUCAUCGAGAGCUUCCUCCAAGGAGUCAGCUCACCGACCAGCUCAGCUGAGACAGGCGGUCCUGGCGCAAGCACGACGCAGGAGUGUCGCGCCCUGGGCCGAAGCCAUGGAUGCGAUCACCAACUCAUCCUUCCGCGCAGCUAUGAAGAGCUUGCAGAAGCAAUUCUUCAGCGCCAAAAUCCAGGAGCAGGAGGCGUGGGGAAUUCUUCCUUCCCUCGAGAAUGAGGCACCCAUCCAGAAGCUGCACCGCAUGAUGCGAAAGCGACAUGAAGACAGGAGCGCAAAGACCCUCCACUUCCGUGCUGAGCGGAACCUCAGCAAGAACAUGAAGAAGUGGUCGUAUGUUCGCCCAGAUGGGCAGACAUCAAUCGGAGCAAAAGUUCGCACGUCCAUCGCGAACUAUCUGAUUAUCUUGGAGACAACUCUCGUCAGCUGGGGCAAGGAGGAAGGUCCGACUGACGUGGCCAAAUGGAAGGAGUCGGGGCGCUUGUUCGUGGAACACAUGGGCCGCACAGUGCAGUAUAUCAGUGUCGACAAAAUUACCGAGCACGUCAAGCGUCGUUUGGAGAUUCAGCUCACGGAGACUCAGCUGGCUCGCGCGGCGGUCAAGCUCAGUGAGAUUUGCCGACAUGCAACCUCGGACUCGGCUAGUUCCUAG